GUUUCACUAAUGAUCGAUUGUAGAUAAGAAACACCCACCUUCAUUAGUUUGACAUAAAAUUCAUAAUCAAAAUACAUACUCAAAAUAAAAAACUCAAUUAUUCCUUUUCACUCGAGCUCGUCGCACGAAAUUUAUCUAGUGUGGUUUACAUAUUUAUGAGCUAUUGCACAGUGAGGAGUUUAUUCGGUACGCAUACAGUGCUCACCCAAAGGACAGAAAUUGUGGCAGAAGUUUAUCCAAUAUGCACAUAGUGCUCAUCACAGAAUGCUCAUUCAAAGGAUAAAGAUUGUGGUAGAGGGUGUAGACUGCGGGCUGUAGUUUCCAAAAAAAAAAAAAAAACUCACUUAUGUACCCUAAAAAUUAAACACAAAACUUUAUAAUAUAUAGUUUUGAUGAUGUGAUUCAGAUCUAAAAAUUGUAAAGUUGAAGAUAAGUGUGUGAUGAAGUCCACAUGAAACACGAGCAAUCUUUGAUAGUACAUGCAUCUAUCUAUCUAUCCCCAUCUUCAUUUCUGCUUUCCAGGUUUGCCUUUGCAAGAGGUAUUCAUGAUUCCGGGAGUGCUGUGUCAUUGUAGUCCAUCAAGAUUUGGGUUUAUGUAAGUGUUGGAUUUGAAUUGAGAAAAUCGAUUUUGUAAGGAUAAGUUUUCUACAAGUAGUUGUCGAAGAAAAAAGUGGCAGUUUAAGUGCUUUUGAAUUGGGGAUCCCUUAGUGGCUUAACAUGGGGGAGAAACUUUUUCUGAAGGGAGAGGAUAAAGUUAUUAUGGAGGGGUUAUUAGGUAGUGAGGCAGUGGAAUUCUUUUCUUGGUCAGCUUCAAAUCACAUGCUGACAGAAUUUACUUCGUCAAGGGGGGAUUUGGGAGUGCAACAGGUGCUCUGCAAGAUCGUUGAGGGGUCCGAUUGGACUUAUGCAAUCUAUUGGCAAGUUGCAAAGUCAAAAUCAGGAAAAUCAGCUUUGAUAUGGGGCGAUGGUCAUUGCAGAGAAGCAAAGAUGGGGCAAAGUGAAGGUGGGAGUGAUUCCGCGCAUCAGAAAAUGAUGGAUGGGAACAAGAAAAAAAUGGUUCUUCAAAAGAUACACACUUGCUUUGGAGGGUCAGAUGAUGAUAAUAUUGCUGCCAAGUUGGAUUCUGUUUCGGACGUGGAAGUGUUUUAUCUCACAUCAAUGUAUUAUAUCUUCCCAUUUGACAAACCUUCUAGUCCUUCUCAAUCAUUUAAUUCUGCGAGAUCUAUAUGGGUUUCUGAUUAUAAGGGCUGCUCAGAACAUUUCCAAUCAAGAUCUUAUCUAGCAAAGUUGGCUCGAUUUGAGACACUAGUAUUUGUUCCCCUGAAAUCAGGGGUUGUGGAACUUGGUUCUGUAAAGUCUAUCCCGGAAGAUCAGAAUUUGAUUCAGAUGGUGAAGGCAUCGGUGGUGGUAUCUAAUCCUCCGCAGCCCAAAGCAAUUCCAAAGAUAUUUGGUCGGGAACUCAGUCUAGGUGGUGCUAAGUCAGGUCCCAUCAGCAUAAAUUUUUCACCGAAGAUGGAAGAUGAUCUGAGUUUUGCUUCAGAUUCUUACGAAGUACAAGCAGCACUAGGUAGUUCUCAAGUUUAUGGGAACUCAUCAAAUGGAUAUCGAAGUGAUGAAGGCGAAGGGAAGCUUUACAAGGAAGAAUUAGAUGAUCGGAAACCAAGAAAGAGGGGCAGGAAGCCUGCCAAUGGGAGGGAAGAAGCAUUGAAUCAUGUUGAAGCAGAGAGGCAAAGGCGGGAGAAGCUUAACCAGAGGUUUUACGCUUUAAGAGCAGUUGUUCCAAAUAUCUCAAAGAUGGAUAAAGCAUCCCUUCUUGGAGAUGCAAUUGCUUAUAUCACAGAUCUCCAGGCGAGAAUCAGGGUUUUAGAUGCUGAGAAGGAGAUGGUAAGCGACAAGCAAAAGCAGCAGGUUAUCCCGGAGAUUGAUUUUCAUCAAAGACAAGAUGAUGCAGUUGUAAGAGUAGGCUGCCCUUUGAAUGCUCACCCUGUUUCUACAGUUUUGAAGACAUUUCAGGAACAUCAACUGGUGCCACUAGAAUCCAAUGUCUCAUUAACAGAAAACAGCGAACUUGUACACACAUUCUCUAUACGAGCUCCUGGUUCCGCUGCUGAGGAUUUGAAGGAAAAGCUGACAGCUGCUCUAGCUAAAUGAUUUAGGUGUUUAGAGAAUGAAGUCUAAUCAUGCAAUGUAUGUUGUUUGUAGUUAAAGGCUAGCGGUUUCGCAUUAAAGAACUGGCGAUCAGUAUCACAGAGGUCGGUUGUUGUCCCUUCCUUGGUUAUUCGUGUAUGAACAAUGUCUAGCUUGUAAGUUUACAUUAUCUUUUGUAGACUAUAUUAUCAUAUCUGUAAGUUUUGGCAAGAAUCGUAUCUGCUCUUAGAAUUAGAAUGAAAAACUGGCAGCUUCUCUUUCCGACU